GCAGAUUCGAGGCGCACAGGGGCAGGUCAGUCGCUGCUGUGCUCCGAGGGGGGAUGGUCAUACUCUCCCUCUUUAACUCGUCUUUUCCCCCCUCAACUAUUUGAGGAAUAUACUUUUUCUUUCAUCAUGAGGUUAUAGUGGAAGUGUUGAAAAUUGAAAUUAUUACCCAGUGAUUAAAAAAAAAAAAAAACUUUUCGGUGCAACGUGUGGAAAUUAAUCAAUUCAGAGUAAAGAAGAAAUCAGUGAUAACAUGAGUGCCCGAGACUUGUACCGGAGUGUGCUGCGGGGCGGGCAGUGCGACUCACCGCAGUUCAGCAGCGGUGACCUAUCCCCCAUGUCCAACCUGGCCCUGUCCCUGCACGGCACCUCCCUCAACAACACUCCGCGCAGGCGGCUCUCACUCUCUUCCAACUUGUCUGACACACCUCAGUCCUGCCUCAACGACUCUGUUCAGCUUUCCAUCAGUUCCCCACCAGACGACCAUAGUUCUGACUCCGGGUCCAGCUUGAUAGAGGAGCCGUCCAUCUCUCCUCGCAGACACACCAUUACAUCCUCACGCAACAAGGAAAACUUUCCCUCUCCUUACUAUUCUCCGUCCCGUCUUCCACCCCGCAGUCGUGCCAGCCCCCUACAGGAGGUUCAGAACACAGUGAAUAGGAGCCUGGAUUUUAGUCCCCUUAAGAAGAAUCUUCAGAUGGUGUCACCUUCCAAAAGGCAGUUUACCUCCCCUCAGAAACCUUCCCCCCCUGACGACUUUGACACAACAUCUCAAGACAGUGGCUACUCUGAGAGUGGCAAAAAGGUGGAUGAGGACUGUUUCAGUGUUCCAAUCAGCUGUGCGCCACGCAAGCUCAACCUUGAUCUGUCUCCAGCCAAAACACAAUUGGCAGUCUCUCCAGUGAAGCCAGUUACUGUAGUCACCUCUACCACAUUGUCAUCAACAGCAGGUUCUAAUGCUACUGCUGUUACCACUACAACCGCUACCACAACCAUUACCACAGUAACCACCACACAGGAAGCCCCUACAGAUGCUUCUACUGAAGGUGGAAGACCAUUCAAAAAGUUUUCCUCACUCACCAAGGGUGAAGAGGAUGAUGCCAUCCUGAUGGAUCUCAUGAAUGAAGUUGCACCCCAAGAUGAUAAGCCACUGGGUUUCUCAAACUUGUUGGUAGCCCCCAUAGUGCCAGCUAAGGCGUCCCCACCACCCAAAGCUGCAUCCCGCCCCUCCAUCAGGCGCUGUCUCUCCAUGAUUGACACAACCCCUACUUCCUCUCGGGUAUUGAAGCCAGCAUCUGUCCAGUCUGAGAACACUUCUUCCUUCAAGCGACCAGAGCCCCCGUCAGACAUCUGCACCACUGACACCAAACGCCGAAAGUUGGAUGUACCCAGUGAGCAGCUCUCUCCACUCACAUCCAACGCUCCAACCACUACACAGAGCAGGAGUCAGCCCCUUAUGACACUGAGGCAAGUGUCUGCCCCAGAACCCAGCCCAUCCUCCCAGCAGAAUUCCAAGCCAAAGUUUCAUCGCUGUCACUCAGAGAGCCAUGUUUCCAUAAUGAAAGCUUUAAACAAGAGUUCUGGACACGAUGGGAAUCUUACAGGAGACUUCUCUAGGCCGUUGUUGCUUCCCAUCCUAGAGGGAGGGAAGCAUCCAGACCUCAAGUCGAUCAGUGUAGAUACUUUAGCUGAUGUUGUUCGGGGAAAGUACAAGAGUAAAGUUGCCUCCUGUCGCAUCAUAGACUGCAGAUAUCCCUAUGAGUAUGAGGGUGGACAUAUUCUCGGGGCAGAGAUGUGGCAUUUGCCUGAGUUGGUGAGUGAACACCUCAAGGCUCAGAAGGGAGCUCCUGUCAUUGCUGGUGAGGAGGAGCUGCGACACAUCAUGGUGUUCCAUUGUGAAUUCUCAGCCGAAAGGGGACCCAAAACUCAGCGCCUUCUGCGAGAGAUUGACCGCACUGCCAACAAGGAACACUACCCAGCACUUCACUUUCCUGAGAUGUACCUGCUGGAGGGUGGCUACAAGGCCUUCUAUGAAAAGUACUCAGACCUGUGCACACCCAGUGAUUACAUCAGGAUGCUGGAUCCCAAUCACUCUGAGGACCUCAGGCACUUCAGGGGCAAGUCCAAGUCUUGGGCUGCUGAGAAUAAGCAAGCCAAGAGCCGGAAUGCAAUACCACGCCCGGGGCUUAAGAGGCUUGGCUUAUGAUGACCGUCUCCAAUGUAGGACAAGUUUUAUGUCUUAAUUUACUUUUUUUUUUUUAGUUAUCCUUUAGUGUGUGUGCAAUAUAUCUAUUAUUUUGUUGUGUACAGGUGAGUUUUGUCCAGGUUCAGUCAGUAAUGUCAGUGAGGAUUUAGUGUCUACCAAUGCCAAAGGAUGUUAAUCUUCCUGAAAUAGUGAGCAAUGCACAUCCUAGGUGUGUGACUUGUCUGGGCAGAACUUUGUUGAUUUUGUUCUUCCUUUGUCUUUGUUUUCCUUUAUUUAUGUUUUGAUCUGAUCUACAUGUGAUCAUCAAUAAUUUUAUCUUUGUUUUUAUUGUCAUAAAGGCCAGUUUCCAUCAUUCCUUCAGUCGGUGAUGAUAUAACUUGCGAGUUUUCUGUUAUAACAUUUGAAACUAGCAAAUAAAACUGUGAUAAUUGAGCUAUAUAGCAAGAUCUUGUUGACUGCUGUGUGUAGUGUUGUGUUGCAAAGGAGAAAAUGAGUCAAGAUAAAGUGAAGUGAGUUUCCGGCAUCGUUCCCUCAGCUUUCAUGGAGCUUGUGAAUGUUUAAUGGAAUGGAAGUUUGCUGUGAUUAAUCUUGCAUAUUUUAAUGAAGGUCACUGGCCACUCAAGCUAUUUUUAUAUCUUGUGAAUAGUAAACACCACCACAAGUGUUCAGUGUAUGUGUGUCAGGUUACUUUUAAUUCUGCUGUACGGCUAGCGACUCCAACACUGUGAUCUCAGAUUACCGACUGCUGUUCCACAUUGUCAGAGCCUUAUGACGACCGUAAGCGUGCAUCUUGAUUCUCAGUGUUGUUUUAUAACUUCUCACACGUGUUAGACCUUUCCUCAGCUUAGAUACUUUUGGCAAAAGAGAAAUGAUAUACUUCCCCAAGUAAAGUUGACUACUCCCUCUUCUUUUCUUUCUUUCGCAUCGGGUGUACAAAAAAAUGUUUUCAGUAUUGUUACCUUUUUUUUGGGAAUUAGGAGUAUUAAUAAAAUUUAUAUCAUCCCUUUUCUAGUCUUUGUGUUAGUGUACAAAAAAAAAAAGUCUUGUGAAAACCUGUCCUUGUCCCGUCUGUCCGCAAUACACGGAAUUUCUGUC